CCCAAACGUAUUAAUAUUUUAGUAUUUUUGUCCUUGCAAAUACUUUUCAAGAUACGAGAAUUAUUACUAGUGUGUAAAUAGCCUUAUAAAUAUGAGUAUAAGGAAAUUAUUGUGCUGUUUUAUUUGCAAUCGUUGUCCUGAUUCCAGGGACACUUCUUCUAAUGUAUCACAUGAGGCAAAAAACAAUAAAAACUACUUGAAAUCAGGGAACGGUCUCAUAGAUUGGAUACGUUUGGGUAACUCGGGGGUUGAUCUGACCGGGGUCGGCGGCCGUGUGAGGAUGAUACACCCUUCUGAACUCAAGCAACAUAACACUAAAAAUGACGCGUGGCUGGCGAUUCGGGGACGCGUUUAUAAUAUCACGCAAUAUCUUCCUUUCCAUCCUGGAGGAGCAGAGGAAUUAAUGCGCGGAGCUGGCAGAGAUGCGACGGAACUAUUUGAUAAAAUUCAUCCAUGGAUCAAUUAUGACUCUCUCCUCGUCAAAUGUUUAGUUGGAACACUCCGCGUCGAAACUCAAGAUAUAUUUUUCGACGCGAAUGAUUCUUUUCCUGAAUCAGAUCUACUGCUACCAUCGUCAAUAACACAAGACAGAAUCGUCAUCAGAAAUCAAUUGACAAAUUACACGACUCCGCCAAGAAAGAAAAGACUUUUACCCGAAGACGAUUUUCUAGACGCGUUAAAUACAAGUUUAGAACUUGAGGAAUUAUCUUUACCUGGGUACCUCGGAACUUUGAAAAUAUUUAAACGAGAAAUGCCUCCAGAAGACGUUCCGCCCGCUCUAUUCUAUGAUUGGGAGCAAACUCCUAAACAUUUAACUAUCGCAGUGUAUACUGGACCUUAUAGUAAUCCGGGCGCGUAUUCGCGUAUUGCUGAAGGUAAUUUGCUCAUCGAAGUUACGAUCAAUGGUUGGUUGCAAACCAUUAAGGUAUUGUUAGAAGAAACUGUGCAAGAGCAUUUACGAACGAAAGUGUGUUAUCAUAGCGGGAAAAUAGAGAUAACAGCUUAUAAAGCUGAGAGUAAAAUUUGGAAAAGUUGCGGCGAAAUAACAGUAGGUUCACCGAAUAAAAUAACAUCACAUAAAAUACUCGAAUACAAAGUUAUUUGUAAAAAAGUACUGACUCACGAUAGCUGGAUGUUAGCGAUGGCUCCACGCACUGGAUCCAUUGUUCUACCUCUCGGACAUCACGUAAAAGUGCACCAAACUAUAGCUGGUUCCGAGUACGUGAGAUCUUAUACUCCAGUAAACAACUACUGGGAUGAAGAAAUUGUAAACAAUGCUGACAUACGUCUCGCAGUAAAGCGGUAUGACAACGGCAUUCUCUCUCCAAUGCUCACUUCACUGAAUCUCGGCGAAUUUGUCAAAGCUGCAGGACCAUAUGGCACAUUUCAACUACAUAGAUUGAAAUCAACUAGGAUAAUGUAUCUUCUGGCUGCUGGGACAGGUAUUACUCCAAUGCUCGGUCUCAUUACAUUUAUGCUGACGAGAUCUAAUCCCAAAUGUGAUCAUAUUCAUCUCUUGUACUUCAAUAAGACAGAAAAAGACAUCAUGUUUCAUGAUAAAAUGAUAGCGUUGGCAAAUGAAGAUAAAAGAUUCAAUGUAAUUCACAUACUUUCGAAUGCGGGCGAGACGUGGAAAGGUCGUAAGGGUCGUAUCAGCGCUAAACUUCUGCCAGAAAUAUUCGGCGAACAUAAAAUUGAUUACGACGAAGACACGAGUUUUGCUUGUGUCUGUGGACCAAAGGAAUUUACCUUUAUCUCGCUGAACAUCCUCAAAGGUCUUGGAGUGGAAGAGAGCUUCAUACACGUAUUUAUAGGUUAGCAGAUUAGUGUUA